AUGCACCUCUCCCAGCUGCUGGCCUGCGCCCUGCUGCUCACGCUACUCUCGCUCUGGCCCUCCGAAGCCAAGCCCGGGGCAUCGCCAAAGGUCCCACGAACCCCGCCAGGAGAGGAGGUGGCCGAGUCUCAGAAGAAGGGUGACAAGACUCCUGGGAGCAGUGGCACCAACCCCGAGGGCGACCGGUCGCGACUGCUCCGGGAUCUGCGCGCGGACCCUAAGUCGCCAGCGGCGCGGGCCCGCCCUCCGCAGGAGCACCCCAAGGCGCGCAAAAACAAAAGAAAGAAGGGCACGUCCAACGGCUGCUUUGGCCUCAAGCUGGACCGGAUCGGCUCCCUGAGCGGCCUGGGAUGUUAG